AUGUUGAUGGUGAUUUGGAAAAGCGAGUCAAUUGUUGAGGAGACUUCUAACAGUGGUAGUCUUUUUUCCUCUAUAAAUAUCAAUGUUUUCAAAAUCGGAUUAGACAUUGAUCCACAGAAAAAAAGAGGGUCAAUGGGUCAAAUUGAGGUGUUCAUCUGUCACAAACGAGGUAAAUUUAGAAAAAGGAAAAUGGGAAAGGUGCAGGUUGGAAGGUGGAAAUUUAUUGUCUGGUGGCUGGGAAUGAUGCUUCCGUUAAUUAAUAGUAAGACUUUGAACGGAAGAGCGCCACUGAAAGCCAACAUUCAAGACGAUUCACCCGCCAAUGGCGUUCAAUUGCUUCGACAGAAACAGCAAGUUGUAAUGAAUAAUGGGAUUGUCAGCAUUACUGUGACGGAUCCAGGUGGUUUUGUAACAGAUAUAAGGUAUAAAGGGAGCGACAAUCUGCUAGAAACCCAAAAUGAAGAAGACAAUAGAGGGUACUGGGAUAUUAUUUGGAACAAGCCAGGAGAAAAGGACAACCUGGACAAGUUGGUAGGGACAAGUUUUAAAGUCAUUGUGCAAAAUACUGAUCAAGCAGAGAUUUCAUUCAUAUCAACAUGGGACCUUGGAGUUGCAACAGCUCCCCUAAAUGUUGACAAAAGAUAUAUAAUGCUGCGUGAUUCGCCUGGAUUUUACACGUAUACUGUGCUUGAGCGUCUAAAAGGAUGGCCAGCUUUUGACAUCCAAGAAGCAAGAGUUGCGUUCAAGCUUAGAGAAAAUAAGUUUCACUACAUGGCUAUGUCGGAUCAGAGGCAAAGGCUUAUGCCAAUGUCUGUGGAUCGUCAGACUGGUAAGGUUCUUGAUUAUCCAGAAGCUGUUCUCUUGAAGAAUCCAACUAAUCCGACGUUCAAAAGAGAGGUGGACGAUAAGUACUUGUACUCGUGUGAUAACAAAGACAACAAGGUUCAUGGGUGGGUAAGCAGUGAUCAAGUGCCAAUAGGGUUUUGGACGAUAACACCCAGUAACGAAUUUCGUACUGGUGGACCAUUAAAACAAGACCUUACAUCUCAUGUUGCUGCUACUAUGCUUUCUAUGUUUUUCAGUACUCAUUACGCCGGGGAGGAUUUAGCUCCGAAAUUUCAAAGUGAAGAGUAUUGGAAGAAGGUUUUUGGUCCUGUCUAUGUCUAUCUUAACUCUGAUGUUAGAGCCAAACAGAAUCCUUCUGUUCUCUGGGAUGAUGCAAAACAUAGGAUGUUUAAGGAGACUGCUAGCUGGCCAUAUAACUUUCCUCUUUCAACAGACUUUCUUAAAUCCAACCAGAGAGGAGCUGUGAGCGGCCAAUUAUUAGUUCAUGACUGGUUCAUUAACAAGAAACCUGUGGCGGGCGCCUCCGCUUAUGUGGGCUUGGCAGCAACAGGAGCCGCGGGGUCGUGGCAGACAGAAAGCAAGGGUUAUCAAUUCUGGACACAAGCAGAUUCCAAGGGAAAUUUUGUCAUUAACAACGUCGUACCUGGGACUUAUAGUUUGUUUGCAUGGGUCCCUGGUACAAUUGGAGAUUACAAAUAUACUUCAGACAUUACCAUCAAACCAGGAUCUAAUAUCAAGUUAAGAAAUGUAGUAUUUGAGCCUCCGAGGGCAGGUCCCACACUGUGGGAAAUCGGAAUUGCUGAUCGCACAGCUGCAGAAUUUUUCAUUCCAGAUACGAGCCCAUCGAUAAAGAUCCAUUCAUAUGCAAUUUCUGGCGAAAAGUUCAGAGAAUAUGGACUGUGGACUCGUUACAAGGAUCUAUAUCCUAAGAACGACCUUGUUUACACAAUUGGUCGCAGUGAUUAUAGAAAGGACUGGUUUUUUGCUCAUGUUACAAGGAAUGUGGGAAAUGGUGUGUUCAAAUCAACCACAUGGCAAAUUCAGUUUGACCUGAGAAAUAUUAACAAGGGAGCAAAUUAUACUCUCCAUGUAGCAUUGGCAUCGGCUACCGGGGCUGAAAUGCAGGUGCGCUUUAACAAUCCAAAUUUAGCUGUUCCAGACUUCAGUACGGGACAAAUAGGCAAGGAUAAUGCGAUUGCUAGACAUGGAAUUCAUGGAUUAUACUCUAUGUACAGUAUUGGGAUAGCUGGGAGUCGGCUAAUUGACGGAAGAAACACGAUUUUCUUAACACAGGCAAGAACCGCAGGACCCUUCAUAGGAAUCAUGUAUGAUUAUCUCCGUUUUGAAGGGCCUGCACUACACGUCCCCGCUAGCACCAUAAAUAUUGGUGCCUGA